GAGCAAAGAUUGCUCUGGAUAGGUGAUCAGGAGGUGACACUCCAGCAAGUUACUUCUUUUUAGGCAGUUCCUAUAGGCAGCCUUAUUUUUAUUUUCUUCUAAUAAUAAGUUUUUGAAAUCUUUGGUGUGAAAUCCUUCCGUCCCCCUCCCCCUAGUAAGGAAAAUCGAAAUAGAUGGCAAGUUGCUGGAAAACUCAAACUUCACCAAUGCCUGAAGGAUGCAGUACUGGGCCAGGAGGCUGGAGCAGGAGAUUGAUGGAGUGAUGAGACUAUUCGGUGGUGUCCAGCAGCUCAGAGGGAUCUACAAUGACAACAGGAACCUGUUCGAGGUCAAGGAGAACGUCCCCAAGAAAUUAGUGGAGAAAGUGUCGGGAGACAUUGAGAGCCUGUUGGCUAAGAAAGUCCGGGCUUUAAAGAGACUCGCUGGUGCGGCUGAGAAGUUCCAGAAAGCCCACCGCUGGCAGGACAACAUCAGGGAGGAGGAUAUUGAAUACUACGACUCCAAGGCAGACACGGAAUAUGACGAUCCAGAGGGAGAAGAGAUUGAAAGGGAGAAGUCCAACUCCUUGAAGCUGGAGUUUACCGAAGAUGUGAACUUCAAAACCAAGGUUAACUAUUCGUAUGCCGCCGUGCAGAUCCCUACAGACAUCUACAAAGGCUCCACCGUGAUCCUCAAUGAGCUGAACUGGACUGAAGCCCUGGAGGACGUGUUUAUCGAGAACCGGAAGGAAGACCCGUCUCUGCUGUGGCAGGUCUUUGGCAGCGCCACUGGCGUGACUCGCUACUACCCAGCCACCCCCUGGAGAGCGCCCAAUAAGAUCGACUUGUACGACGUCCGCAGGAGGCCUUGGUAUAUCCAAGGGGCCUCCUCUCCGAAGGACAUGGUGAUCAUCGUGGACGUGAGCGGCAGUGUCAGUGGUCUCACCCUGAAGCUGAUGAAGACAUCAGUCUGCGAGAUGCUGGACACCCUUUCCGAUGACGACUAUGUCAACGUGGCUUCAUUUAACGAGAAGGCAAAACCUGUAUCCUGCUUCAAGCACCUGGUCCAGGCCAACAUCCGCAACAAGAAGGUCUUCAAGGAAGACGUGCAGGAGAUGGUAGCCAAGGGGACAACCGACUACAAAGCUGGCUUUGAGUACGCCUUUGACCAGCUGCAAAAUUCCAACAUCACGCGAGCCAACUGCAAUAAGAUGAUCAUGAUGUUCACCGAUGGUGGGGAAGACCGGGUCCAGGAUGUGUUUGAGAAGUACAACUGGCCCAAUAAAACGGUGCGAGUGUUCACCUUCUCGGUGGGGCAGCACAACUACGACGUGACCCCCCUGCAGUGGAUGGCUUGUGCCAACAAAGGUUACUACUUCGAAAUUCCCUCCAUUGGGGCCAUCCGAAUCAACACACAGGAGUACCUGGAUGUGCUGGGAAGACCCAUGGUCCUGGCAGGGAACAAAGCAAAACAGGUUCAAUGGACCAAUGUCUAUCAGGAUGCUCUGGGCCUGGGCUUGAUGGUGACUGGCACCCUGCCAGUGUUUAACCUCACGGAGGAUGGCGGCAGCAACAGAAAGAACCAGCUCAUCCUGGGCGUGAUGGGAAUCGACGUGGCUCUCAAUGACAUCAAGAAGCUGACGCCGCGCUACAACCUAGGGGCUAACGGCUACAUCUUCGCCAUUGAUCUGAAUGGAUACGUCCUGCUGCAUCCAAACCUGCAACCCCAGAUCAUCAAUUUCCGAGAGCCCGUGACCCUGGACUUUCUGGAUGCUGAGCUGGAGGAUGAGAACAAGGAGGAGAUCCGGAGAAGUAUGAUCGAUGGCAGCGAAGGGCAGAGAGUCAUCAAGACCCUGAUCAAAUCCCUGGAUGAGCGAUACAUCGAUGAAGUCGUCAGGACCUACACCUGGGCCUCUAUCAAAAGCACCAAUUACAGCCUGGGGCUAGCCUUACCACCUUAUAGCAAGUACUACAUCCGGGCAAACCUCAGCGACCAGAUUCUCCAAGUGAAGUUACCAAACAUCAAAAUGAAGGAUUUUGAAUUCCUGCUGCCAAACAGCUUUGAGUCCGAGGGACAUGUAUUCAUUGCUCCCAGAGAAUAUUGCAAAGACCUUGACCUGUCGGAUAACAACACAGAAUUCCUGGAAAACUUUAUCGCUCUCAUGGAAAAGGUGACCCCAGACUCCAAACAGUGUGACAACUUCCUCCUUCACAACCUGAUCCUGGACACGGGAAUCACCCAACAGCUGGUGGAGAGGGUGUGGAAGGACCAGGACCUCAACACGUACAGUCUCCUGGCUGUGUUUGCUGCCACGGAUGGUGGCAUCACCCGAGUUUUCCCUAACAAAGCUGCCGACGACUGGGAAGAGGACCCGGAGCCCUUCAACGCCAGCUUCUAUCGUCGCAGCCUGGACAACAAGGGGUAUAUCUUCAAACCGCCCUAUCAGGACCCCAGCUACAGAGGGCUGGAGCUCGAAAACAACACCAUUGGGAUCCUGGUCAGCACGGCCGUGGAGCUCAGCAUUGGCGGGAGGACCCUGAAGCCAGCAGUGGUUGGAGUGAAGCUCGACCUGGAGGCUUGGGCUGAAAAGUUUAAAGUCCUGGCAAGUAAUCGGACAGACCGGGAUCAGCAGGGAACUCGCAGGUGCGACCCCUCCACGAGCUGCGAGAUGGACUGUGAGGCGAACAACAAGGACCUCAUUUGCGUUCUCAUCGAUGAUGGAGGCUUUCUGGUGCUCUCCAACCAGGAAGACUAUUGGUACCAGGUGGGAAAGUUUUUCAGCGAGGUGGAUGCUAAUUUGAUGUCUGCCCUCUACAACAACUCCUUCUUCACGCGGAAGGAGUCCUACGACUUCCAGUCGGUGUGCACCCCAGAAGCUCCGAGCAACACGGGAGCUGCCCCCAGAGGGGUGUUUGUGCCCACCAUGGCAGAUUUCCUGAACCUGGCUUGGUGGACAUCAGCCGCCGCGUGGUCUUUGUUCCAGCAGCUCUUGUACGGCCUCACCUACAGCAGCUGGUUUCAAACAGAGGAUGUCACAGCAGACAGCAUGGAGUCCAGAGAGACCAGCUGCAUCAUGAAGCAGACGCAGUACUACUUCAGCACCGUCAACGCCACUUAUAACGCUAUGAUCGACUGUGGAAACUGCUCAAGGCUGUUCCACGCACAGAAGCUCGCCAACACCAACCUGCUGUUCGUCGUAGCGGAAAAGCCGAUGUGCAGCCAGUGUGAGUCCACCAAGCUCCCUCAGGCGGAGAUACGAGCUCCACCGAGAGAUCCAAAUCAGUGUGAGCUGGUAGACAAGCCCCGGUACCGGAAAGGUCCCCACAUCUGCUUCGACUACAAUGCAACGGAAGAUACCUCAGACUGCGGCAGAGGGGCCUCCUUCAAACCCUCCCUCAGCAUCUUGUUAGCCCUGCAGCUGCUGCUCCUCUACCUGACUGCCAGCCACCAGCCUCUGUCCUCGGCAUCUUGCCUUUAAAACAUCCAUCUGGUCCAACCCAUCCAUUUUUCUUUUGUUUAAAACUCCAUCUCCAUCCUCUCCAGGCGUGUUGGAAAAGGGCAACUUCUUCUCGUCCCAUCCGCUCUGGUUACACCUUGGCUGUGGCUCAUGAGGACCUCCUCUCACUCCACUCAGGAGCCUGGAAUAUCUUUUUCUUUUUCCUUUUGCUUUGUUUCCCAUUCUCUCCAACCUGGCCUUGCCUUUCUAGUGUCUCUGUGCAGCAGGUUGGCAAGAACUGAGCUUGAGCAAGACUUGGGGAAUCACAACCCAUUUGAGGCUUCUGUUCUUCAGACAGUGAGCGUCCUUGAGCUCUUGACUCCUUGACCCUGUCCUCUCCCUGCCAUUGAGCUUUUGGCCAAAUACGAAGAACAGUGACCUGGUUUUUUGGUUUGGUUUUCUUUCUUUUUUUUUUCUCUCUCUCUCUUUUCCCUCAUGGAACCUGUGGAAUUCUGGGAGGUUUUGUAGUUUCCAUUGAGAGAUGUCUUGCCAUUUUGCUGUCUUAAAGUAUUUAACCAACACUGAUGCCGGAUUGCUCUUGUGUUUGAGAUAACCUGCCCUCCCGCCCUGCCCAUCCAAAUGAAAACGCAAAACAAAAUAGAAGAGAAAAAAAUGGUGUUUUCUUGCCAAAUUGAGACGAGUCUUGUUAACUUCUCAGCCAAUCACCGUGGCUUCUUGAACUCAAAAAACAACCAAUGUCAUAGUUUUAUAAUGUCCUCAUUUGCUUCUCCGUGCCACCCAAUCCCUAGGUGCUUUCCAGUGCCAUCCCGUCCAAGUCUCACCUUAUUUACAUCCAUCUUAUUCCAAUCUUCAAUUAUUAUUUUGUAGCCUGAGGAUUUUAAACCAGAUCUUUCUACAUCUACUUUCCAACGUUUUAGCCUGAAGAAGUACAAGUAUUUAUUGUCAGCAACAAGGACACACACACAAAAAAAGAAACUUGAAUGGAAUGUCAUGGUCAGUAUUAUUUAUUUAAAUCGAUAACUCUGUAGUGGGGAAGUGGGAGAGAGGGUCCAAGACCUUCAGCAGCCAUUCAUGUACAUCAUUCUAGCCCUGGCAUACAGUGGGUGGGACUAAUCAUGGGUAAGAAGAACUUCCUGGUCCAAGUUGUCUCCUCGUUCCCCAGAGAUAUCCUCCCACUGCAACCCAGGCUGGAUAACAGCUGCCCCUGGACAGUUGACCCAAGGGUACAUUAGCAGGAGCUUGGCUAAGGGUUCAUGGAUCUCUCUCUGGACCGGACUACCACGGUUGGGGCAGGCACUAGCCACUCCUUUGAGUAGCGUGCCCUGAUCCUUUGUGCUGAGUCAUUCUCCACCAGGCACGCAGAGCUGGAGAGGAUCCAUCAGGGCCUUUUAAAACACCCAGGGCCUGGUAUAAGGAGGGUGCUGAGCCCCCACAGCUCCCAUAGACCUCAGUGGGGUUCAACACCUCCAAAAAGCCCAGCCCAAGCUCGUCCCUGAGUGUAACUGUUAAGUCAGCAGAGAUACACCAGGGUGCGUUUGGCCCUAACACCCCAAAUAUGCCCCCAGAGGGACUGGCAUCCAGGGCAGCUCUGCUAGAGGAAGAGGGUCCCUGAACUGAACCCCCCAAAAUGGCCAAGUGGUGCGCGCAUGUUGCUCCCAUUAACUCCGCCUCUGAGGGUAGAGUUUAACCUUACGCAUCUUUGGCCAUCGGUUGCCUGGUGGACGCUUUGGAAAGGGCAUGCGCUAGCAAGGGGGUUUGGCCACAGAGCAGGGGGUUGAACCCCAGAGGCAUAAGUUCAGCCUCCCGAAACGGCAUGCCGGGCAAGAGAAGGAGGAAGAUGCUACACAGGCAGAGGUAACGUGCCAGGUGAGCCACCAGCAGGGGGAUGCCGUGAUGCAUUUGACACAUUAUUAUCUGGGUGCCCACGGCCCUUGUUUUCACACUUGGAAUGCCUCGGUGCAUGACGCACGUUACCCUGGGCCCGUGAAGCACCCAGAUGUCUGGGAGAGGGCAGAACAUCUGGAUCCUAGGGUCUCACUAACUGGGAGACUUCAGAUUGACCCAUCUUUCAAGUAGCAGCCAGCACUUUCUGUCCCUGAUGUCACAUAUGUAUCCGGAUGGCAUCAGAUGCCCCCCACAGGGGCCUUUCAGAUCUGGUUUUAGGGGAGAGGGUUCUAUGGGCACCUGCCACUCAACUCAAGCCCCCGCCAAGAGCCCCUCCAGUUGUCUUCAUAACAGCAUGUUUUAUGUCUGGGGCCAGCUUUUGAAAUCAAAGUCAGAAUCCCUUCCCCCAUAGCGAGUGGUGUCUAGAUGGGAUAUCAAAGUGGCAGGGCUAGCUCUGUGCUUGUCCCCAGCUGUUGGGGCUGUUCCUGGUGCACAGGCAGGGACGCCAUUCAACACAGGGUCAGCUGCACUGGAGUACUCUCCCGACCCCAAAGCCCCCUUCUCUCCAGCCAAAUAUCCCCUCUGCCUCUUUGCAUUGGGUGGCCAGGAAAGGGGAAAGGACCCUCGCUCAUUGCUGCUUCAUGGGUGGGCGCAUAGAGCAACAUCACGAGGGGCAGCUCAGUGGAGUGCAGGGAGCAGGGCAAUGCAAUUGUGGCUCCACGCAGUGUGAAAGCAGCUCCGUGCAAUGCGACACUCCUCUGAGCAUUGGAACACAGUGGUGGGAAAUGUGAUGCAGCUUCAUAUCGCGUGAGGCAGCUCUGAGCAGUGGGAGACAGCUCAGUGCCACGCCACGCACUGGAGCAGAGUGGCGCAGCUCAGUGCAAUGUGACGCUCCGGAGCGAAGUGCUGCAGCUCAGUGCCAUGUCAGGCCACAUUAAUGCAGCUCAGCAGAAUAGAGUGCAGUCCCGUGCGAGCGAUGCCAUGCUGUGCACCAUGAUCCAAUAGGCCUCUGGCACAUCUGCUGGGUCUUCUUAGCUUCCCUUUUAAUCACUCUCUGUACGGGGAGCAGGGUGGGGUAUUUAGUCUUUCUUGCUAUCUCCACAACCAAUCCUGCCUCAACCGGUAUGUCGUUAGCAAGGGGUUCAUGUGCUGUCACAGCUGCCAUCCCUGUCUUCAGAACCAGCAGCCGAAUGUCUGAGAAGGUCUCUCCUUCCAGACCUCAUUGCUUCCCGUUCUGUCCACGGCUCGCUCGGUUUAGUGUUCCUGUUAGCAAAGAUGAGCCCAGCCAUUGCUGACCUACAGCUGCUGACCUGUGUCCCCCACCUCAUCCUGUACCCUCGGUCUCUCCUGAGCCAAGACUGCCAAGCCGUGCCAGACCGUGUGACUGCUUUGUGACGUGCGCAAACGUCUGUGAGGUACUAACAGAUCCCGCCCCACCUCCAUUUCCUUUCACUUCUCACCAAAGCCGGACUGAAACCCUAGGGUAAAAACGAGCCUGCCGCCACCUUGCCCCCAUCUCUGUGUUUGCCUGAAGCCACGGAGCCAGGGAAUGGGUGUCCCCGCUCAGGAGCAAACAGAAACCAAAGGCCAAGGGAGAGAAAACCAGAUGUACGCUCCUAUAGAAUCUCCUUGAUUUUUGGUGUGUUGACACCUGGGCAGGAAGAGCUAGGAACAGUGUGGCGGGGAGGCAGGCGGGCGGGGGGCAUUGCUCUGCUGUGUGACACCACAGUGUUGAGCCAAUAUACAGGAGCCACUUUGUGAGCUGCUUGUAUAACCUACGGGCUUAAGGCCCAGCAGAGUGUCCACUGAGCCCGGAUGAGCCCUUUGUUUGAUCGUGUCUCCCACCAACAGAUGGCCCCCUUGACUGUAGCAGGCUGCUCCUUUCAGCUAGGAGAGCUCGCUAUUAGCUCACAGAGCUGGGGCUCAUGCAGAGGUUGUAUUUCCCUCCCCCUGGCUGCUAGCGUGUGGCAGAGCCAGUUGCAUCUGGAAUAUGCACAGCGCAGCCCCAUCAGCACUAGCCAGCCAGGCUGCAUCGUCUCUGCUCUGUGAGAACGGCGUCUCCCCAGGGCUCCAGAUCAGGGCACCUUGCAGCCCCAGCCUGAGCUCCCAGAGUGAAACCAGGCUCCUUCCCAUGCACCUGCCAUGCCCUGAAACAAGACAUUAGCCCCUUGGGGCGUUAUUAGGCUAGCGCCCCCGCUGUGCCCUGCCUCCACCCUGGCACUACAGCUCUGUUCCUGCUGGGCAGAGUGCUUCCUGGGAUCCAGCAACAGCACACAGCCCUUGUCAGAUACGCCCCCCACCACACACACACGCUCACCCCAUGUGUUCACACAGCCACCUGCAGACACAUCCCCUCGUACGCAUAAGGGAAUACACACUUUUGUGCGUUCACAGACCGUGCCCACACCAGCACAUCCUGGCCCACGUGGCUACGCCUCCUGUGAACACACGCGCGUACGUACACAUGCUCCUGCACACACCCUAACACAACCUUUGGUUCAGGGAACCAUUUUGUGCCAGGCUACUGUCAUCACCCCUCACCCAGGAGCCUGGUAGCGCCAUUCCCCCUGUAACCCUACUCUGAUCCUGACACAAACUUCACCCAAGCAGCCGCAGGGCCGAACAGGAGACCAGUCAGAACACCCAACACUAGAGGUGGCUUUUCCCCUUGAAUUCCCCUAGCACUGUGUUUGUUUUCCCUGAAGGAACUCUGACCAGAUCCCACCAUUGCCAUAAGCACCCAAGUCCCUUUGCCCCCCAGCUGCGUGCCCUGCAGGAGGCUGGCACUCCCAGCCUGCAGGAAUUUCAGAGGUCUCCCAGUGAAGCGCCAGCAGUGCAGAGUGCAGGGGACGAGAUGGGGGGGAGGAGAUGGCUGGGGCAGAGUGUGCUGAUGAAGUGGGGGUGGGGCAGGGGAGAGCCAGGCAGAGUGCAGGGAAUGGGGGGGGGGCAGGGGAAGGGAAGACUGGGGCAGAGUGCAGGGCAGGAGGUGUUGCAGGGGGCAGGAGAUGGCCCGGGCAGAGUGCAGGGGAUGGGGGAUGGUGGGGACAGAGUGCAGAGCCCAAGGUGGGGGUGGGGGGAAGGGAUGGCUGGGGCAGAGUGCAGGGGAUGAGGUGGGGUGGGUAAUGGCAGGGGCAGAGUGCAGGGGAUGAAGUGGGGGUGGAGGUAGAGGGGAUGGCCGGGGCAGAGUGCAGAGGAUGAGGUGGGGGUGGAUGUAGAGGGGAUGGCUGGGGCAGAGUGCAGGGGGUGAGGUGGGGGUGGAGAUAGAGGGGAUGGCCAGGGCACAGCUGUGCAGAGUACAUUGAGGCUAGCAAGGGAGCCAGUGAAGGAAUUUGAUGCAUGUGCAGGGUGCUGGGGAUCAGGCGGAGGAGGGGAGCCGGGGUUUGGGGGUGGGUUCAGGGCAGGAGAUGGGGAACCGGUGACCUACCCAUCCCCACUUAGGAAAGCAACAGGGGCUGGAGCACACCUUAUCUCACCCUGAGCUGCUCCGUUUCCAGUGCAGCACUGGGGGCUGCAUUGGCCUAUUGGCCAUCAUCAUUUUAGCUGUGUCUACGUACCCCUGUACCUGACACACAGCUGCCAGCAGGAGGCGCCCAGGGCUGGCUGGAACUGAAAUCACCGGACCUUUGUAGUGCUUAUAUAAAAUUAAUUCAACUAAACCAACUUGGGGGAUGGGAGGGGGGUGGGAAGGGGGAAGCCACAGACCUUGCCGGUUUGACCCUUGAGCCGGGGGGGGGGGGGAGGGGGCGGGUAAGGGAAGUGAUUCAUUAAUUAAUGACUGGGUUAAUUAAUGGUCAUUUUGCUUGUAGCUUUUUCAGUGUGUGUUUGGUUAAAUGUCUCUGGGAAACGUGUUUGGAACAGAUGGCUGGAUCUGUGUUACUGGGAGUCUGUGUAAUUCUAUAGUCUAGUUAGGUGCUCAUUUGAGAAUAACAAAAAAGCCUAUACAUAAAUAUAAAUAUAUAUAUUCUAUUUUACGUUUAAAAAACUAAAAACUAAAAGAACAAAGUGAACCACUAGAUAGUUGUUCUGCUGGGAUCAAAUCCUGAUCAUUCCUCAUCUGAACGCUUUCUUCUGCUCAUUCGAAAGGGUUGUUUUUUUUAAUUUGAUUUGAUUUUAUCUUUUUUUGUACAGAACAGUCAGAAAACUUUAAAAAAAGACAAAAAACUUUGUAAAAUAUUGUGUGUGUGAUUCCUUGUAAAAUAUUUUCAAAUUGUUUAUUACAGAGGAUCAGUUAUUAAAUAAUGUUCAUAUUUUCACUUCA